GGAGCGUUUGCCGUGCCUCAAGCUGCCUUGUGAUUUGCCGUUGCUUCGCUGCAUGGCGUGGGUGUUCAGCCUCGUCCUCUUCCCAGUGGCUGCCCAAUUAUAUGAGGAACCGGGCAGUGCAUUUCCCACGCCGACUGUGGAGAGCAAUUGCUUCCAAGACAACUUGGCCGACAACCAAGUGUAUUACCAGAAGCUGGAUCAAAUGUUCAAUGGCUCGUCGGAUGCAAUUUGCCCGAAGACCUUGGGUCUUUUUGUGAACAAGCCAUGCACUUGGGCAGCCGGCAAGGCCACCAUGACUGUGGCGCCGGUGAUCAACCAGUGCCAUUGGGCCAUCCGCAACUUCCACUGGCAUGACAGCUCGGAUGAGUGGAGCUACAUGGUUCAAGGUGUGAUGCAGGUGAUUUUGACCUCUCCCACUGGUGUGCCUUGGCAUUCCGCAGUCAACACCAUCGGCCCCGGUGGAGUUUGGUUCUUCCCGCGCGGAUGGCCCCACGCCUUCGUCUGCGUCUCUGAGGAGGGGUGCAACUACGUGCUCACCUUCAACGGCCCGCAGGCCGUGGCGGUCAAUGAUCACAUGAUCGCCGAGACCUACGCACAGCUGCCAGACAAGAUCGCGUCCUACUCCAUGGGCAUGAGCAUGGGCGAGUGGGCCACUGCCAAGCCUAAGGUGGCCGCCAACACCGGCACCUUCUUCACCAGGGUGGAUCCUGCCAAGUUCACCUGGCUGCCGGAGGAGAACGCGGAGCCGGCGGCAGUGAACCGCAGUGAUGUGGAAGUGGAGGAUACGACUCCGGGCGUGGGACAGGGCAUUCAGGUCUUCAACAUUCGAACGGCUCAGUUCCCCUUUGCCACCAGGAUGUCUCAACAGCGCAUCGUGUUCCAGCCCGGAGGAUUCCGAAACCUGGUUUGGAUCACCAAUGCCGCCGCCACCAUGACUGUGAUCUCUGGUCAUGUGAAUGCAGCCACCCAGGGCGGUAUCAGCGGUGGAUUUGACCAGGGGCCGUCCUCCAAGUCGUACGUGGCAAAGAGUCUGGGGCCCUACGAUGCUUUCUACUUCCCCAUCCGCCGUGGCUACUGGAUCGAAGAAGCGACUGGAACGGAGCCGGCGGAAGUGAUUGUCGUCUUCGAAGUGGGCAACUGGAAAGCCCUGGAAGCGAAGACAGGCUUCGGCUGCUCCAACCCCGUCGGGGCUCCGUGGGCGUAUGAGGCUACGGCGGGAGGAAUCGAGUGCCCGUCGUCACCGGAGUUGAUCCAGCGCAGGAACUUGCGCCGUCACGAGCCUGAUGCUCAGUCCUUCAUGCAGCAGCCUGCGGAGAACCCUGAGCUUUGAUGUUUCUCAACUGCGACGGUGUACUAAUGUGCACUGUUCACGUGAGCAGGUCUCAAUCGUUUCUGAGCUCUUUUCUAACGUGCUGCCGUUUCUUUGCCAAUGUGCAGAGCCGGCGAAGCGCGAAUCUACACGGCUAGAUCAGCUACCGUUCAGAAAGCUGCUGAUCAGAAGUGAC